GCAGUGUUUAUUGCAGAUUAGUCUUCGGACCUUUAAAUCUGACUGUGGGAGGGCAUAUACACGUUCACCUCUUAAUUCAUCUGUCUGUAGAUGGAUGACUCGUAGCAGGUGUCGUCAUAAAGCAUAGCUUAUUCUGGGCUGGACUGGGCAGGCUGAAAAUCUUAUCUCAAAGCAGUGUUCCACUGUAAUCUGAAGAAUUUGGCCUGUCCAGUGGUAAUGAUGGCAAGCAGGAGUCGUGCUUCCGAUUUUAUUGUCCCAGGGCAGAUCCAUCUUGCAAUGGGAGAUUGCCACCUCCUGAGCAAAAGUGGUAGAAAUAAAAAUUAUCUUUUUUUUUUUUUUUCCCGAAGGUUCUCAGAACCCUUAGAACCAGAAUUUUUUAUGGGAGUAACCGUUUAAAAAUACAGAUCAGCCAGUACCUGACAUGGAAGUAAUGAAGCCUUUAAUUGAUGAACAAAAUUCAGAUGGCAUCUCAGAUGAAGAGCAUGAAAACAAUUUCCUGCCAGUUGAGAAGCAUUACCAGCUUGUUAAUGAAGAAGGCAUUACGUUUAUACAAACACUUACACACCUCCUCAAGGGAAACAUUGGAACUGGGCUUCUUGGUCUUCCUCUUGCACUAAAAAAUGCUGGCAUUGUGAUUGGACCAAUCAGCCUUGUGUUCAUAGGAGUUGUAUCUGUUCAUUGUAUGCACAUCUUGGUACGUUGCAGCCACUGUCUAUGUCAGAGGAUGAAAAAAUCCUCGCUGGGGUAUAGCGAUACAGUUAGUUACGCCAUGGAGGUGGGGCCCGUGACUGCUCUUCAGAAACGAGCUUCUUGGGGACGGUAUGUUGUUGACUUUUUCCUGGUGAUAACACAGCUGGGACUUUGUAUUGUUUAUGUUGUGUUCUUGGCAGAAAAUGUGAAACAAGUCCAUGAAGGAUUCUUGGAAAACAAGAACGCUCCCAUAAAUGUCAGUGCCACCAGCAGUUCUUCUGAGAAAAGGAGUACUGACUUACGAAUAUACAUGCUGUGUUUCCUGCCAUUCAUAAUCCUUCUGGUCUUUAUUCGUGACCUUAAGAACCUGUCUGUGCUUUCAUUGCUUGCCAAUCUGUCCACGGCUAUCAGCCUGGUGAUCAUUUACCAGUACAUCGUUAGAGGUAUAGCAGAUCCUCGAAAACUGCCUCCUGUGGCUGACUGGAAGAAAUACCCACUGUUUUUUGGGACUGCAAUAUUUGCUUUUGAAGGAAUCUCUGUGGUACUCCCAUUGGAAAACAGAAUGAAAGACACAACACGCUUCCCAAUGGCACUGAACAUUGGUAUGGGAAUAGUCAUGACCUUGUAUAUCUCACUCGCUACUCUAGGGUAUCUGCGCUUUGGAGAUGAAAUCAAAGGCAGCAUAACUUUAAACCUGCCACAAGAUAUAUGGUUGUACCAGCUUGUAAAAAUUCUGUACUCCUUUGGGAUUUUUGUGACCUAUUCAAUUCAGUACUACGUCCCUGCAGAGAUUCUUAUUCCAGCUGUCACCUCCAAAGUGGAGCAGAAGUGGAAGUUACUCAGUGACCUUGUGGUGAGAGCACUAUUAGUCUGCUCAACCUGUGCUGUAGCGAUUUUGAUCCCUCGCCUAGACCUGGUGAUUUCUUUUGUCGGAGCUGUCAGCAGCAGCACUCUGGCACUGAUUCUGCCACCUCUGGUUGAAAUUCUCACUUUCUACAAGGAAAACUUAAGUUUAUGGAUGAUAUUUAAAGACAUUUUUAUAGCUGUCAUUGGAGUUGUUGGAUUUUUAACAGGGACGUAUGUGACAGUUGAAGAAAUAAUUUAUCCUACAUCCACAGUUCUAGUUAAUUCAACAGAGAGCAUCUCUGUGGGUUUAAAUGCUACAGACUUGGUGACUGGUUUAAAGUAAUAACUGGGUGCUGUGAGCUAUUUUGUUCCUUGACAGGAAUUCUUAGAUGGAUGGCAGACCUAUGUGUGGGACAUAUUCCAGUGUAUUUUACAUAAAUUUUUGAAAGAUAACAUGCAGCCCUUCCUCAUUCUGUUGUUUGUUCUUUCCUUCAUUCCUUCCCAUUGCUACCUGAAUUAAUAACCCCAUGUGCUCUCAACCUCUGCCUUAUCUAGUGAAAAACUGAGUUGAUGUCAGGAUUUAAAAUAUAUACAUGAAUAUAGGAAGGAAAUAUGAUUGUAAGUUAUUUACAAGAAAAAAAGAAGAAUUCUUAUAAAGAUAAAAAAGUCAAGAUGCUUUCCUCUUCAGAAGAGGUGGAAGCCAGUCCAUUCAUCAUAACCAGGCAGCAAGUCUGUUAAGUCACUACUGUUUUCCCUCCAACUCCGUUGUAGGGGUUGGAGUGGGAGCUCGGCGAUGCAUAGGCCUUUUCUUGGCUGUCUCUGACAGGGGGAAUUGCACCCCAGUGAACAGAGAUGCUUUCAUUUUAAAAAAGAGCAGCUGUGUUUUUAAUUUCUGUUGUGGGAACCUAGACGUUUGCCAUGGAGAAGUGUUUGGGUAGUUGCAGUUGCCUGGCUCUGGUUCCUGGGAGUCAGUGUGUCUGGAAUCGGAGUGCUCUGCGCAGAACCUGUGACCCUCUGUUGUGAUUUAACCCCAGCUGGCAAUUGAAUACCACGCAGCUGCUCAGUCACUCCCCGCUCACCCAGAGGGAUGGGGAGGAGAAUCGGAAAGGAAUGUAAAAUUCAGGGGUUGAGAUAGGAACAAUUUAGCAAUUGAAAUAAAAUGGAACCAAAAGAACAAUAAUAAUAUUAACAAUGACAGUUAUAAUGAAAAGGAGGGAGGCUGGCAGGGGAAUGAAAUCCAAAGGGAAGGGAGGAAAGAAAACAAGUGACGCACAAUACAGCGGCUCACCACCCGCUGAGCCAUGCCCAGCCAACAGCCACCCACCCCACCCACCCCAUUUAUAUACUGAGCAUGAUGCCCCAUGGUAUCUUUCCUAGUUCAGGUCACCCUUUGGCUAGUUCAGGUCACUUGUCCUGGCUGUGUCCCCUCCCAGUUUCCCGUGUCCCCCCAGCCCUCUUGCUGGCAGGGCUGAGAAACUGGAAAGUCCUUGACUGAGUAUAAACAUCACCCAGCAACAACCAAAACCAUCAGUGUGCUACCAACGCUGUUCUCACACCAAAUCCAAAACACAGCACUGCACCAGCUACUAGGAAGUAAAUUAACUCUGUCCCAGCUGAAACCGGGACACACUUACUCAGUCUUUUCACACUGGCUCCAAGGGGCGUUCUUCAAGCAAUUGGAAGGACCAAGCCCUCCCUGGUUACUACAGCAGACCACUGCUGGUGGUGGGCUCCAUGUCAGUAAGUACAAAAGCAUUUUUUCAUGCUGACCAUCUUAAGAUUUAAGCUGACAAACGGGCAAGACUGUAAGGUAAGGUUUAGAGGUAAAGGUGCAUCUUUUAUUAGACCAAAAGGUAGCUAGUUAGGAGUGUUCUUGCCAUCUUAUAUGAUCUGUUACUAUAUGUUCCCGUACUGUGAGCUGUUCAGCAUGGCCAGACCCCUGCUACUGGGAAAUGGCAACUGUGAUGCUCCGUAGAGCCACAAAGGUCUGACUGUCCAGAGCAGCUUAAAGAUUCAUGAUGUUAAUUUCUGUAGGAGGAAGGAAAGGAUGCGACACUACUUUCUAGAGCGGAGCUUGUCCCAUACAUUCAUACAUAGAAGCUAGGGGUUAUUUGUGAAAGAAAUUGUGAUUUCACAGCACUGUGAGCUGGGGGGGAGCACCGAGGAUGUCUGUUUUGAAGCCCUUUCCUCCUCAAGCGCACCACCUGCCUGGAGGUUGUCUGAAGAAGUGACUCAGGACUUGCUUUCAGCUACUGGUACUUUGUAGGUACAGUUCAUAUGAGACGUAAUGUAUACAUGUGAGAAUAGGAUUUUUUUUUUUAGAAAGUAAUCAUAUAUCCUGUUUGGAUUUUGAAUGAAAAGUUACAGGAUGUUGUUUAUCAGAGCAAUAUUACAUUUGUGAUGCAAAACCAUUCAACACCACAAAUGACAAGCCGUUUAUUUUUGUACUUUUUGGUAACCGCUGUCCUGACCCAUUUUUUAGACCAUUUCUUUAUCCUUGUUUUCAAGUAUACAAAUGUAUUUAUAUCAAUAUAAAUGUAUUUGUAUCAAAAUACUGUAAGCUUUUUAACCUGUUGCUAGAAGCCUGUAGACUGCCUAUCUGUAUUUCUGUUGGAACAUAUAAUAAUUAUUUUCGCGUUCUUCUGUCCUGCCUUAAAUAGGAUCUAACACGCCUUUGAUGGAUUUUUGCUUUUUGUCUAUUUUAGAAGAAAAAAAGAACAAGUUGAUAAGUUGGGUAGAAAAUAAUUUUGUUCAGCAAGACUGCGUGCUGAGUCCCCAGCCAGAAUCCUGAUUUUCAGGGUUUGUAUUUGACCUUCUGGCUUACGCUUCAUAGAUUACUUUCACUCCAAAUGCUAAAUCUAUAUUUUUGGUUUUGUUUUCUAAAAACAUUCUAUAUUUUGUACAGUAAUAGAACUGUAUUUAUAUAUUCAUUCUUACUAUCAAGAAACUCCUUUUUCUAAGGAAUAUUUUUAAUUACAGUAUUCUCCCAGGAGUCAGGGUAUGCUAAAACCUCUCUACUAUAUUCAUACAUAUAUUCAUAUUGCUUGCCUUCAGUAAAUUCCUCAGAAAUCUAACAUUUGGUAAUCUACUAUUUGGCACUACAGUGCUAGAGUAAUAUACUGCUAGAUAUAUCUGUACUUAUAUUUUGUCUUCAGAAUAUUUCGCUAGUCAUAUACCAUGCGAUGACUGUAUUUGAGCACUUUCAUCUUUAUAUUGAUGAGGGCGUUCCGUUGUAGUAUAUAGUUCAAACUGCAUGUAUUUGUUCAAGCAAGAGUUCUGCAUAAUGCUCUUGCUUUAUUUUUAGUAUGGACAAAGUUAAAUACUUGGCAGGCACUCUAAAGGGCUGAGUGUCUGCAGUUACAAUACUACAGAAUUAACCUUUCUUCUGAAAGUGCCACAGAGGAGCAAACCUAGGUGGUUAGCAGAGAGGCAAAAGGUAACCAGCUUUUUAUCCUAAAGGUUUUUUAGUCUUCAAGCUCUUUUAAAAGAUAUCGAAUCUAAGUGUUUCCAUCUGAUUCAUAAUGAAUGUUUACCUAAACCAUACACUACACACUGAUAGAAUAUAUUUAUGUGCAGCAUAUUUUACUUGACAUUAAAUACUUCUGCAUGGAACAUUUUUAAUAGGACCGGAGGAUUUAAAUGCAAGUUAUUUUUCCUGUUAGUUUUGCAUCUUUCUAACCCAUGUAUGUUUGGAGAAUGAAGAACUGUCAAGUCCAUUCAUGUUAUCUACUCUGCAUUGUGUCCUAGAGAGCAGCUCUGGGAAGGUGCUUCUGCCAGGGUGCAGGAGGACUUGACCCGUUCAGAGUUUGGUGGUGAUUUUUGGCUGGUGCAAGUGAAUACCGGUCUAGUACUAUGAAUGAAGGUUUGCUGAACUGGGUACCUCGAACCUAAACAGGGGGUUUUGGUACCCAGGUAAAGGCAGCAUAUCUUUUUGAAAGUCAGGCAGCUCGUUUAGACGCUCAACAGGUUUGAGGAAUCUAAUCUUAGCCAUCAAACUCUGGAUAACCUGGCCCGAAUACAAACCCUUACACAUCUUACUGCCGUGUCUGACCAGGGAGCAGCCUGUCAAGGAGCAGCUUUCCGGACUGAUGUAUUGCCACUGACUGAGCAGGUAUGAAGUAAUGUGUUUAUGCAAUGGGCCAGCGUUGCCAUGUCUUACAACACUGUGUCUUUUGAAUCUUUAAAAUGUUUAUUGGUAUAUUUUGCACAAUGCUGAUCUUCCUCUAGAGGGUAGGAUUUUCAUUAUGUUAACACUCACGCAGUGAAUUUGUGUGGCCUGCUCUUUCAAACAGAAAGAGUCAGGAAUCAGAGUAUCUUCCUUCAAAUAAGAUGAAAAUACCAUGUAGUAAAAAACUACUAAGUCUGAAUAGUAACAGUGUUCCUGUGAAACAUUGCCAAAGAUGUAAAAGAUAGGAAAUUCUGUCAGAAACCUCUUCUGAAUAAGAGUCUUCAUUCAGCUUUUAAAGUACUGUAAUAUAAAUCACAAUUUAAGUGAAACUGAGAGAUUUAAUAGGUAUGGUUUACAUUACUAUAUAUUUAAGAUGGAAAUGUACUUUAGCAUAAGCUAAAUUCAACUGAAAAAUAUGAGUGAGUGGCUUAUGUUCCUGACAAGGAACAGAAAGCUAUUGUAUAUAUAUAUAAGUACACGCAAUUAUAUUUUACAAUAUAAUAUUGAUAACUGUUUUAAUGUAAUUUAAUCUUUAGCUGCACUAUAAGUAACUGGAUCAUUUUCUUGUCUGUAACUGUUCAUCCUCAAAUAUUGGGCAAAUAAGAGGGUGGGUUUGCCUAAUGUUCUGUAACUUAUCUGUAUCAAUAAAGACUACAAUAAUAUUA